AUGCCAGCUGUAUCAUAUUGUGCAGUUCUUGGCUGCAGUUCAACAUCCAAGGACAAGAACUGUCGGUUCUUUAAAUUUCCGAAGGUUUCAAAGAAAUUUGGUGACAUUGGAAAGCUCUGGCGUGAAUUUACAAGACGAAAGAACUUUAAAAGCCUUUCCUGGAGGUUUUGUAGCUUACAUUUUCCUGAAGAUUGUUAUAAACCCGGCCCAAAAGGAAGAUUACGAUUAAAAAAAGGCUCAGUUCCAACAAUUUAUUACAAAAAUGGAGAAAAAGUCAUUGUCCCAUACAACCAAGAAUACCAAAAAUACUAUGGACCAGAAGCUGAAAGAAUCUUUGAAGAUACAGAAAAAUCAGCAAUCGACCACGAAAAGGAACUGAUUUUCUUUAGAUACAAAAAGCUCUUAGAUCUCAAAAAUCUAUGUCGAUUCUGCUUUAUGAACAGUAAAGACUCAAAAUGCAUUGAAAUGUCAGCCUUAAUUUCAUACUCAAUUGACUCAGAUGACAUGCUGAAAGCCAUGAACUGUGAAACUCAAUAUAAUUCAGUAUUUAGUGAAAUUAUUUGUGAAAGUUGCUUCCUUAAAAUUAUGGAAUUUGAGAAAUUUAGAAAGAAAUCCAGUCAGCAGCAAAAAGAAAUUCUCAACGAGCUUGAAGAACUUGACAAGAAAAUUCAAAGAGUCCAAAAAACACAAAGAAAGUCCAAUGACACAGUUCCAUGGUACAAAGUUGAAAUAUCUCGCGAACCUGACAACUUUCAAAAUUCAAUGAUUUUUAAUUCUACAGCAAUUGAGUCAAUUCCAAUUUUUAAUCAAAGCUAUAUCAGCACAGAUGGUGAAAUAUGUCAAGUGAUGGUUAAACAGGAGCCAGAUUGUGAUGAUCAUGAUGUGAAUGAUGACUUUAUAGACGACAUGUCAGUUGAGAACCAAGAAGGUGCUGAUUAUGACAGUGAUGGCAAUUCUGGUGAGUUUACACUCAGUCAGUACAUCAGUAAUGUAAAAAUGGAGAAUGUGGACGAAGAUGAAGAAGACAAGGCAGCACUGAAUCUCACAAUUAAGGAUGAAGCUCAAAGAUCAAGAACCAAGCCACAAAAAGUAAUAAAAUCAGAAGAUAAAGGCAAACGAGAAAGCUAUAAGGACAGAACCUUCGAGUGUUUCUUCUGUCGACAAAAAUUCCUUGGAAAGACAAAUCUCCGGAAGCAUCCAUGUCAUGUUAAGCACCGAGAAUGUGAAGUUCCUGAAUGUGGCAAAAAAUUCCCAAAUCAAGGCAGUUACGCGAAUCAUUUGAUAAGAAUUCAUGGUUUACCGAAGAUUUGCGCUCAUUACUGUCCAGGCUGUAAGACUUACUACCAAAUGAACACAUUCCAAUUCCAGGAUCACAUCCGUAGCUGUGAAUUCAACAAAGACCUUCCAGAGCAGGAAAUUAAAUGUGAAUUAUGCUCAAAGGUUUGUAAGAAUCUCGAGAACUAUACAGCACAUAAGCUGUUCCAUGCGACUGAGAAGCUGGUCGAGAGUGUCGAUGAGAAUGGCGUUAAAGUCUUUAAGAAGCCACACGUCCAGGAAAAGGAGAAAAUCUGUGACUUGUGUGGUAAAAUUUUGUCAGACUACAAAAAUCUCAGGAAGCAUAAAGUCAAUGUCCAUUUGGUAGACUUUACCGGUAAUAUGUUCUAUUGUGAUUUAUGUCCAGUUAAGAAACCAACGAGACGACUGAUUUACAAUCAUAUGAAGUCAGUCCACAUCGUAAAUUGGCAUCGAUGUGAAAUUUGUGGAAAAGACUUUAAAUCUAAGCGAUUACUUGCUAGACAUGUCUUGUAUAUGCACGAAAGACAUAGACUACAAAUUAGAUGCCAUAUUUGUCCACACAAGCCUGGAUUUAACGCAACUGUUUACCUAGAACAGCAUAUGAGGAAGCAUCAUGGUGAAAAUUCAGCAAAAAAUAUUGAAAGAUUCCGUUGUGAUUUUGGAUUUUGUGAGGCUUCUUAUUCAAAUAUGAAGACACUCGAGCAGCACAAGAUGAAGGCACAUGGAUUUUAUUAUUAUCAGUAGGAAUUUAGGAUUAAAAUUGUAGAUUUAAGUAAGGA